UUUCACUGUAGUUUCCUUUUACUUUUCUUUUUCCUCGCAGUCUCUCUCCUUAAUCCUCCUUAUCUUCAUCCUGUCUACAUUUCUCUUAGAGAGUUAACGAAAGUUAACAAGAAUUAGGUGAUCGGUGCAUGACGAGCGCAUCGGAACUCUUCUCUACUCGAAGAUCCCGUCGGGGUAGAUCCGUCCCGGAUUUAGAAUCCGACUCUUUUCUUUAUCGAUACCACUCGGAUCACCACCAUCGACGUCACGGGAUCCAUCAUCUUAAUCACCGUCAUGAUUCCAACGGCUGUGAUCCUCCCCGACGAGCCCCGCCGCGUCUCCGACGCUUCUGCCUCUCGGAACGUAGACCUGUUCAUGAUGUUCAAGGUACUUCACAGUAUUUGAAUACCAACGGUGCUGAUUUGGAAACUGAAGGUAACAGCUUUGGAAACCUAGAGAGGCUUCCCGGAGCUGUUCUUCUCGCGAGGGAAAGACUUUUCGAAAGAUUGAGAGGCGUUUCUUUGUCUAGUAACAGUCGAAGUAAUAGAGUUUCACUGAGUGAGAAUCAGAGAGAGUCCUCGUUCUAUGGAGAACCAGAAGGGAUUCAAGUGUCCUAUGAAUGCAACAAGAAACCAUUAGGUCUCACACUAGGUGCCAUUAAUGGUUUACAUCGGCAAACUUUUAGCUCAGCCGAGGUUAAAACUGAUAGGAGAGAUUGUAGCAUAUGUUUAGAGAGUUUCACUAACGGCGACAUGCUUAUUUCCUUGCCAUGUACCCAUAGUUUCCAUUCCUCGUGCUUAAACCCUUGGCUUAAGGCUUGUGGAGAUUGCCCUUAUUGCCGUAGAGCCAUAGCUAAGGAUAUAGAACCAUGUAAAUAGGAACCUUUCCCCCUAACCAUACCCACACGCAUCUUCUGUUCUUGCUCUAGACAGGUCUUUCAGUUUUGUUGUCCAUUUAAGUGUUUUUUUCCUGUCGCAUGUUUGUUUUGUAACGGUUUUUGUGUGCCAUUGUGCGUCUUUUUAGUUUCCUUCACUGUGAUCUCUCUUUUUAAUGUCUUGUUGGUUAUCAAAGACUUUUUCCAAAUCUUGUUCCGACAUUUUGGUUAAGCUUUGCGGUUAAAGCUCAACAACUUUAGAUA